CGCAGAUAUUACGCCGUUGCGUAAUUUGACAAGCCAGUGCAAACCAGAGGAGGAUGAGCGUUUGACAGCUGGGUCGCUGGGGAUUGUUUUCGAAGCAACAACAAUUCAGAUUAAUUCGGGCAUUUUUUUAAAAAAAAAUUCUGCUUAUUUAUUUAUUUAUUUUUUACUAUAUCGAACGAGUAUACGGCUAUCUACGCUUUUAAUGGCCGCAGCUGUGACGAAUUCGGUUUGGGUUGCUCCGGGGCAGGACGCGCAGUUUCUCCACAAAAGCCACCCAGCGGCGCCGCUGACAUCAUCCGACGGUCUGAGAGGUGAGGAUCAUGGAGAAGUGCUGUGCAACGCCGUCCUGGGAAUUUCAUCUUUCCCAGAUUAUAAUCUGGGUAAAACUGAGAUGGACACCUACCUACUUCAUGAUGUAGUAAAUUCAAAAAUGUUUGACAAGGAUAGUCCUCCCUUGUUGGAGUCACUUUUCCCCGAAGACUUCGGCUCUUCUUACAGCGUCAACAUGAGCCUGCUCCUUCCCGAUGCUGCCUACUUGCAACCCGGCCCCUGCCGGACUGUGAGGCAAAUCAAAGCGGAGCCACCACAGUCCCUGAUGCACUCGACAUGCCAGGGCAACGGAGCACCAACGACCCUAUCAGAGUACUCAGGAAUGUUUAAAGCAGCUGACACUCCUGGUGGUAGCUUUUUCGUCAAGCAGGAAGUGCCAGAAUUCCAAGAAAUUCCCCAAUUUCAGAUGCUGAACACUGAUUUAGAGCAGAACUCUUUCUCUAUCACCCCACUAAGUCUUCCAGUCGGGAAUCUCCACGUGGGACGACUACCAAACUUUUCACAGACUGAAUGUUUUCCAUUCAACCAGCACUCUGGCCAUCAGUUUAGAUCAACCUAUCUGCCACCCUCUCCGCCAAAUUCUCAGCCUCCGAGUCCAGACACCGACAAGGAGAUCCUUCAUAACAUCUCCCCUCCUCCCUCCUACGAAGCCAGCAUUGCCUGUAAGACAACACUCCAGACCCACACUGAUCCCAGACAGACUUCCAGCGGUCCUCCGAUUCAAAGCCACGAUCAAACUUACGCUCCUGCGUUCACUCAUUGUCCACUUGGCGGACCGGUUCAGGACUCCAGCCUGGCACCAGCUCAGACGACACCAAGCGUCGGACCGCUGUCUCCGGAGUUGGCGCAGUCGGCUCCAGCCAAAUACAACCGGAGGAAUAACCCUGAUCUGGAAAGACGCAGGAUUCACCACUGCGAUGUUCCAGGUUGCAAGAAAGUAUAUACAAAGUCGUCUCAUCUAAAGGCUCAUCUACGAACCCACACAGGUGAGAAGCCGUACCAGUGCUCCUGGGAGGGAUGCGAGUGGCGCUUCGCCCGCUCCGAUGAGCUGACGCGGCACUUCAGGAAGCACACCGGGGUGAAGCCCUUCCAGUGCGGCGUGUGCAGCCGCUGUUUCUCCCGCUCUGACCACCUGGCCCUGCACACCAAGAGACACCAGAGCUAAGGGACCCCUCAGCUGUGUCUGUCCAGUCUUUUUAGCUUUUCCUUAAAAUGGACAAAAUACUGGGGAAAAAAAAAUAAUAAUAAUAAAGACUGCAAUUUAUUCUAUUUACUCUCAAAGGAUAUUGUUUGAUGUUCUGACCUGCCACUAAAUGUUUUUUUAUUAUUGUUAUUAUUAUUAUUGUAAGAAUAUUACAUCUGAUUGUUGCCUUACUUUCUCAUCAACAUGAGAUAUUUGCAGAUGUAUCAGCUCAAUCUAUUUUACCAAACUUGUCCUUUUUCAAGCCUUUUUUUGAUAACAUGCCACAUACGAACGUUUGACAAUUUUUAUAUCUGAACUGUCGAUUGUGUAGAUCCUAGCGGCAUUGUGCAAGUUUAUUUAUGAAGGCUCUGUGCUGCCAACCGAAAGGAAAGGGAUGCUGUUUUAGCCUGCAGGUCAAAGCAUGAUUGUGUUUCCGAACUGUGGAGAGCAUCGGGAAAAGCUGCACAUUUAAGAUGAAAAUAGGAGAAAGAAAGUACUCUGGCACAGAGGACAGUUUGUGUCAUGUGGUUGGGGCGUUGCUCGUAGCAUGACUUGGAAACUGCCAGGUUUGUGAUGCUUUUAAUUAAAAGAGCAGUGUCCCAUGUUUUUUCUAAUUUUUCUGUAAUAAAACGAUUGAUUUUUAGA